AUGGAUGAAAGAAAUUUUUGGCCUAGUGUGGUUUAUUCCAUGAAAACUACAAUGCCACUUGUUCAAGUUUUAAGGCUUGUUGAUGGGGAGCAAACACCAGCAAUGGGAUUUAUUUAUGGGGCGAUGGACGAGUGCAAAGAAAAAAUAGCAAAGAACUUGGAUAACAACCUCGCUUCUUAUAAAGAAAUUUGGGACAUUAUCGAUAAAAAAUGGGAGUUGCAAAUGCAUCGUGAUUUGCAUGCGGCUGCCUACUACUUAAAUCCACAAUAUCGAUGGAGUCCCAAUGUUUCCGAGCAUCCGGAGAUUAAGCGAGGAUUGUAUGAUGUUAUAGAAAGGCUCGUGAAGGAUACAACAAUUUGA